CUUUAUUGGAGGAACCUCUACAUAUAUAUCACUACAAUUAGAAAUAUCCCUCUUCUUUCAGCUGUUAUGUAAUUUGAAUGUUCAUCUUAUGUGGCAAGAAGAAAUCACAGUUUACUGUUUUCUCAGAAACAAGGUGUGCAAACUUUUACCUGAUGGAUUUUUUUUCCACACAACAUCAAUGAACGGCUGAACAUCUGCAGUAAAGGAGAAUCUAUGGCAAAACAACAGCAGCAUGAAUGGAUGCAGAAAUCUGCUGGCUGACUGAGGACUUCCUAUAUAAAGUUUGGUUCCCCUGUAGCUGCUGGAUGUCAAACUGACACAUCAGAGACAUCAUGUUGUCUUUUUUUCCCCCAGUAUAUUUAAACAGAUACUGUAAUUUCUCCUGUAGCUUAGCUAAGAAAACAACUAAGGAAGAACCAGUGGGAGUUUGUCAUUGAUUUCAAAGAUGCCAAGAUUAAUACUCCAAAAUGUAGGUAUAAACACGUAAAUAAUAUGUAGCACAUAGUCUAAAUGUGCUACAUCUAAGUAUAAGCACAAAAAGUUGCUGUUUCUGAAAGAUGUAUUUCAGUCAAGCACCAGUGAUACUAGCUGAUAUGCUAUUGUAAAUGUGCUUUUGUCUAAUAAAGCCAGAUAUUUUACAAUAGAUCCACCUACUUGUUAAUAUCUAAACAUUUCUAUAAAUAAGAAAUGGAAAUUUAAAAACAAACAAACAAAACAAAACAAAACAUACACACCCGUAUCUAAAUGAAAAAAUAUUAAAAAUUUCCAUUAGAAGUUUUGUUUAAAGCUUCAAGUCUUUUAACUGUCUAGUAGCCCGACUCUUCAGUUCACAAUAGGUAAGAAACAUAUUACUCAGAUCCUGUCACCUUAUCUGAUUCCUCAGCUUCUUAUCUAUAGGUAAGAGCUAUUUGUCAGUCCUAUAUGAAGAAGAGUAACAAAAUACUGUCAGUAAUUCUGUUAACUCUUAAGACAUUUAAUAUUCAUUUUAUUUUGUUUUGUGCUACAGACAAAAUAAGUAAAUCCUUGAUAUUUGCUUACGCAGAGUUUUCUACAGACAUAAUUUUAAUUAAUUAAAAUUAUUAAUAAAGAUGGGAAAUGAUGAGUUCUUUGUAGAAUUCUAAGUGUUACUAAGUUCAUUUGAAAUAAUGAACUCCAUACGUGUAACUGUAUUUUCUCUCUGAAUAAAUACUGAUAGCCACAACAGUCCUACAAUAUUUUUCCACCAGGAAAGGUUAAAUCCACCACUGUAUUGAAUAAGUAAAAGAUACAAGUUCUGUAGUCAUUCUAUAGUCAGUAAAAUUGAUGGAAGUUGAGAGCUUUAGCAUGUCACAGCACAGGAGUCCCAGUUUCCAACCAAAAUAUUUGGUUAAUAGAUUAAGGCUGACUCUUUUUUGGUGCUUAUGCAAAUAAAGAAAGUGCCUCUUCUACAUUGUAAAACAUGGAAGAGACACGAGCAAUUACCACAAGCAAAACAUUUUCACUUGAUAAGUCAAUCUGGGCUGUUUUUUCUGGCUGGUCAGCAGUGUCUGAAAACAAAGGAGACACAGCAGCCCUAGGAGACAGCUUGUCUGCCCAACCACUUUUCUGGGGGAUCUCUUAAUUUGAUUUAGAAAGCACAUAGCAAGACUUCUAGGUGUCAAAAUUUAAUAUACCACAUAGCACCCUACUGCAGCUGAUGCUGUCAGGCACGUGAAAGCCUAUGGCUAAUCUGUGUCUUUAGGGAAUAUACUUCUACAUCUUGUCCCCACCUCCCUGGUUAUCACAGCAAUCACUUGGAUAGGCUAUAAGAUCUGGUGUUGUCUCAAGUGAUUUGAUAAGCAGACGAAAACCAAGGGUUCAUUAAGCUCCUGGGGUAUAUAAGCCACAGGGUUUUCAGCAUGCCCCUGUACUUGGGAGGUUUGACAGCUCCCUGUUUGUCAAGCUGGGACUCACAGGAAGAUGUUGUUGACUGUAAAAAUACUUGUUUUCAUUGUGAGUGGUUUCCUAAGAGUGGGCACAGGCUUUGACAUUGGAUUAUCCACCAAAUGUGUAGUGAUACCCAAGGAGAUGGACAUGUGCCACGAGAUUGGAUACUCCGAAAUGAGGCUUCCCAACCUGAUGGGACACACAAGCAUGGCAGAGGUCGUCCUAAAAUCCACCACCUGGCAGCACCUGGUGCACACGGACUGUCACCCUCAUGUGAGGAUGUUCCUGUGCUCUCUGUUUGCACCCAUCUGCCUGGACACGUUCAUCCAUCCCUGUAGGAGUAUGUGUGUUGGUGUUCGGGACAGCUGUGCUCCUGUGCUUGCCUGCCAUGGGCACGCCUGGCCAGAAAGCCUGGACUGCAAUCGGUUCCCUGCAGACGAGGACAUGUGUCUGGCAUCGCUUACAAAGGAAUAUAAAUACUUGCACAAAGUCCUACCAAAGCCUGCAUGCCAGACCUGCCCAGCAGUGGAGGAACUCUUUACACACAAAAGAGUUCCUGAAGUUUUCUGUGACAGUAAUUUUGCAGUGAAAGUAAAGCUGUCCAAAAAAAGAGCAGUAAUUGGCGACCAAGAGUACAACAUUGAGUGCCAUGUGGAAUUCAUUACCCAGGGCUCACUCUUGCCUUAUGAAACUCAGCACAUGAUACAGCAGUGGCUGCUUAUCAAUGAAAAUUGUACACAGAGGAUGACUCAAACCCAUCGUCCUAUGGUGUAUCUCCUUGUAGGGAAGAUUGAGGAGGGUAUCAUUUUAGUAAAUCAGAUUUACCGCUGGCAGAGAAGGGACUCCCAGCUGACUUUGGCCACUCAGAAGUGGAGGUACCAUAAAUGCUUGUAGAUAUUUAUGUUAUUACUUGUAAAAAUCUUAUUACACUUUUUAUGCCAAACCUACAUUGUAAAUAAGAAUGUACUAUAAGUGGCAUGUAAAAUCUUUGUUUCCUUUUAAACUGUAUUAUAAGUUGAACUUAAAUCCAGUGUUAUCAGGACUACUUACUAUUGUAUUUUAGCUAUUUGUGAAAUUUGAACUUGGUCAUCUAUGUAUAAAGGUUUGAAUUAUUGCAAAAAUCUUUUGUAAUAUGUAUAAAAACUGAAAUGAAACAGUUUUAAUCCAGCUCAGUACCUUUAGUGUAUUCUUCGAUAGGGUUCACCCUGCCAUUUUCUUGACUUACCAAACUUUCUUUUGGUUAAUGCUUUAUUAAUAUACCUCAUACUGUUCCAUUAGAUUAUUUUAAAAGAAGGUGGCCCUCUGCUGGUCACUUUUGUCCGAAUCAAAAUGGAAUACAUUGGAAUAAAUAACAGCAAACACAACAUAGCCCAACCUCAAGAAGAUCUGGUCAUUUGUUGUCAUUUUACAUUGAUCAAGAUGAUGUCUCAGUGGUAAUGCCUCCGAGCACGGGGUAACUGCAGUUCUGGAAUCUUUUUAAAUCAGGGCUCCCUUGUUGAAAGGUCCUACUUAAUAGUCAGACAUAAAAAAUGUCAGUGCACCAGAGGGUGAUGGGCAUGGAGCUGGCUGCCCAGGGCAGUGGGCACAGCCCCGAGCUGCCAGAGCACAUGGAGAAUUUGGACACAUGGUUUGAAUUUAGGGUGGCUUUGUGUGGAGCCAGGAGUUGAGCUCGAUGAUCCUUGUGAGUCUUGGAAUUCCAGCUCAGGCUAUUCUGUGAAUCUGUGAUUAUAUGAUUUUCUAUCAUGAACUAGAAAACUUCCGGAAAUGAUGAAAAAAAAAAGUUGGAACAACCUAUAUUCAGUUUAUACUGUAUAAUGAAGACACUGUUCUGAAAAAUGUAGGUGACUCAAAAGCUCAGUUCAUUUGAUCCCACCAAAUCUGCAAUGGUUUCUGCUGGAAAAAUGGUAAAUAUUUAAAGCACUCCAUCACUGCCCACAGAUGCCAACUGCGCCCAAAGGCGUCUGACAGGGCUCAGGUCAGCCAUGGGCAGCCCUGCAGGGAGCUACCCAUUUAAGUGCCAGGGCAACAUCAACCGCCUGGUCUUGGUAUGAAAGGACAUGGCUACUGAUGCGAGCUGCUGAGAACUGGUUGCUCGAUAGUCUGUGAGGUAAGGGAGGUCAUCUUAGCUUGUGUCGAUUUCCAUUUAUUUCUCUUUACAUGAGGGGUUACCAUACAGCCCUUUGCUUACUUGCUCUUGGAUCUGCUGUAUAUUUAAAACAGCAGCUGUAUUUGAACUAUCCUGGGCAUGAUAACGCUGCUCUAGCUGCCAGCCCCACUUUGCAGAGCUCUGACAAAGUAAAGUGGAAUUGGACGGAGCAAUUUUUUCUUUAUAUGUACGUAUGUGUGAUUUAAGACCCUCUGCUAUAUACCAACGAGGUAUGCAGCGGUGCCUGGUCUAGCUGGCAGCCCUGCCCGCCGCUGGGGGUUGGAACUAGAUGAUCUUUAAGGUUCCUCCCCGCCUAAGCCAUUCUGUCAUAUUACGGUGAGUGCCAGAGAAAAUUCAACUCAGGAAUUUCGGCUGGGAACGUUUCAUCCCUGAACU